CCCUGUGGUGGCGCCGAGGCUCAGAUCCAGCCAGUGACUUGCCCUAGAGCAGGCGGCUCCGGAGCGAAGCCACGGUUUGGAUCUGGGCCGUCCAGCUCCACAGCUUUUCCUCCCCGCCGCCUGCCAGUCACUGAUUUGAAUUUGGCCCGUGCUGAUUUGCAGCCAGCGCCCACUGUGCCGUGGAUGUCAGUGUCACGAGGCAGUCUCUUGAGGCUCAUCAAGCUUUGGUGGAUGUGUUGCCCAGUUCUGAGAUCUUGAAGCUCUGCCCGGAGGAAGAUUAAAGCAGCAGUCUUGGCCAAUAAGGGGAUGGACCGCUUGGGUUCCUUUAGCAAUGAUCCCUCUGAUAAGCCACCCUGCAGAGGCUGCUCCUCCUACCUGAUGGAGCCUUACAUUAAGUGUGCUGAAUGUGGGCCACCUCCUUUUUUCCUCUGCUUGCAGUGUUUCACUCGAGGAUUUGAGUACAAGAAACAUCAAAGUGAUCAUACGUAUGAAAUAAUGACCUCAGACUUUCCUGUUCUUGACCCCAGCUGGACUGCUCAAGAAGAAAUGGCCCUUCUGGAAGCCGUGAUGGACUGUGGCUUUGGAAAUUGGCAAGAUGUUGCCAAUCAGAUGUGCACCAAGACAAAGGAAGAGUGUGAGAAGCACUAUAUGAAGCAUUUCAUCAAUAACCCUCUGUUCGCAUCUACCCUGCUAAACCUGAAACAAGCAGAGGAGGCAAAAACUGCUGACACGGCCAUUCCAUUUCACUCUGCAGAUGACCCGCCGCGACCCACCUUUGACUCCUUGCUUUCUCGGGACAUGGCAGGAUACAUGCCAGCUCGAGCAGAUUUCAUUGAGGAGUUUGACAAUUAUGCAGAAUGGGACUUGAGAGACAUUGAUUUUGUUGAAGAUGACUCGGACAUUUUACAUGCUCUGAAGAUGGCUGUGGUAGAUAUCUAUCAUUCAAGAUUAAAAGAGAGACAAAGACGAAAAAAAAUCAUAAGAGAUCAUGGAUUAAUCAACCUCAGAAAAUUUCAGUUGAUGGAACGGCGGUAUCCCAAGGAAGUCCAAGACCUUUAUGAAACAAUGAGGCGAUUUGCAAGGAUUGUGGGACCAGUGGAACAUGACAAAUUCAUUGAAAGCCAUGCACUGGAAUUUGAGCUCCGAAGAGAAAUCAAGAGACUCCAGGAAUAUAGGACAGCGGGCAUUACCAAUUUUUGUAGUGCCAGGACCUACGAUCACUUGAAGAAGACACGAGAGGAGGAGCGCCUAAAACGCACCAUGCUCUCCGAAGUUCUGCAGUACAUCCAGGACAGUGGGGCGUGCCAGCAGUGGCUCCGCCGGCAAGCCGACAUUGAUUCCGGCCUGAGUCCUUCUGUUCCAAUGGCUUCAAAUUCAGGUAGACGAAGUGCGCCACCCUUGAACCUCACUGGGCUCCCUGGCACGGAGAAGCUGAAUGAAAAAGAAAAAGAGCUCUGUCAGAUGGUGAGGUUGGUCCCUGGAGCCUAUUUAGAAUAUAAAUCUGCUCUAUUGAAUGAAUGUAACAAGCAAGGAGGCUUGAGACUGGCACAGGCAAGAGCACUCAUCAAGAUAGACGUCAACAAAACCCGGAAAAUCUAUGAUUUCCUCAUCCGAGAAGGAUACAUCACUAAAGCCUGAGACUCUACAGGGCUUGGAAUCAGAAGUCAGAUGUUUGGAAUGUAGUGAGCCACAGGACUAUGUGGCCCUCGAGAGCUUUGUUUGCCAGCUGAGUUCAGAAAAGGGGGGAAGGACAAAGGAACCCCUGAAGUUGGAUUAACAUCUGCUUUUCUUCCACCCUCCUUUAAACACUCCUCUUGUUAGUGUUGCACUGCAGAGUUGUGUGCUACAUAUGCUAUUAUUAAAUGUGAGUGGGCAUUCAUUCCUAGCACCUCUUGUAACUAAAACAAGAACCGUAGUACCUCACAUCACAGUGUUGGUAGAAGUAGAACCAAACCCAGUCUUUAGUCAGAGGUCCAGCUCAGAUCCCUGCACUUGAGGGCUAAGUUUGCAGUCGUCUGUUUUGCCUUCAAACUGCAGAUGGAUUUUAAAUAAGGAGAAAAGCUUCCAGAGCAUGCGAAAGUUUUCUCUUUCCUUGUAAGGAUUUUUAAAGUGACGACUUAGAUUUAAGGGCAAAGUGGAGGAAAGUCUCCCCGUGAAGGUCUUGUCCCAAACUGCGUUUUUGACUUUAAUGUCUGGCUUUGUACUUUGCCGUCUGGCUGUCGAAUCUGCAGUAGACUUUUGAGGAGGUGGCACCGGAUAUAAAAUGUCUCUGUUAUUUUUAGAAUUAAUGGAUUAAAAAUGUUUUGCUAUUUAA